AUGGAGCCCCUGGAUAGCAUUGCACAGUUGGUGGUAGAGAUUGUACAAUGGGAUUGUAAUGUGUGUGCCGCCAAUAUCGCCAGAAGCGGGGAAGCCACGCAGAGUUCUACUCUCAUGUAUCACGAUAUAAGUAGUGUUGCUAGCAAUGCCAUUGAUGGCGGGAAAGAUCAGGACUGGGGUCAUAAUUCCUGUAGCCACACAAAUGGUGAAUGGGAAUCCUGGUGGAGACUGGACCUGCAGCAGAAACACAAAGUGAACAUGGUUGUGGUCUAUGGCAGAUCGGACAGCCUUUUGGAACGGAUGAAGGGUCUCGAGGUCCGCGUUGGAGAUUCUCCAAACAUUCACAACCCAGUGUGCGGUAAGAUCACCAACUAUACUAAUCCAACCACAACUUUCCACUGUAAUGGGAUGGAGGGUCGCUACAUCAGCGCGGUGAUCCCGGGGCGCAGUGAAUACUUGACCCUAUGCGAGGUGGAAGUCUACG